AAGUAAGACCAAAGACCAAAGACUUGGCCUUUUUCUCUCCAAAAAGCUUUCCCACGAAAGUUUCUCUCUCUCUCUUUCUCUGUGUGUCUAUCUAUAAUCUAUCUAUCUAUCUAUCCAUCUCUGUUUUGUUCUGUUAUACACGUUUUUAUGAUUAGGUUUUGAUGGGUAUUUGUUUAUUUAUUCAUUAGUUGACUGUUUGAUCGGAGAAGAAGAGUUAGCCGGCGAUCACUGGUUGUUGGGUUUUGAAUUUGAUUACUAGUUUUGGGCUAGCUUGCAGACUUUAUGGUUUUUAAUCAUUAUGUUUCUUUUGAUUAAUGUGAGUUUCUGGGUUGUGUACUUAUAAAAGAGCUGGUAGUUGGGUUUCCUAAAUACAAAUAAAGUUAGAUUGACUGGUAGCUGAGAAAGAAAGAGAAAGAAACAGAGCUAAAACAAAACCCUAGAAGCAAAAAAAAAAAAAAUUUAUUUUCCAAGUAUUUCAUCCAAAUUCAAAGAUUAAACCUUUUUUUGUCUUUCUUUUAUAAAUUCUGAGUUAAAUGACAUAAAUUGUUCUCUCCUUCUCUGUAUCUUCUCUUUUGUUUUGAUCUACAAUUGUCUUUAUCUUUUACUAAGUUUAGUUCUUAGUAAUUUCAUAUUAUGUCAGUUGACUUAGAUAAUUCUUCUACUGCUUCUGGUGAAGCUAGUGUUUUUUCCUCCGGUAACCAGCCACAGCCACCCAAAUCCACUGCCAAGAAAAAGCGAAACCUUCCCGGAAUGCCAGAUCCAGAUGCAGAGGUGAUUGCUCUAUCACCAAAAACCCUGUUGGCAACUAACAGAUUUGUAUGUGAAAUCUGCAAUAAGGGGUUUCAAAGGGAUCAAAACUUACAGCUUCAUCGCCGCGGCCAUAAUCUACCAUGGAAACUGAGGCAGAGAUCGAGUAAGGAAGUUAAGAAGAGAGUUUAUGUGUGUCCUGAACCAACUUGUGUUCAUCAUGAUCCGUCGAGAGCAUUAGGUGAUCUUACUGGAAUAAAGAAGCAUUUCUGCAGGAAACAUGGAGAGAAGAAGUGGAAAUGUGAUAAAUGUUCUAAGAAAUAUGCUGUUCAGUCUGAUUGGAAAGCUCACUCUAAGAUUUGCGGCACCAGAGAGUAUAAAUGUGAUUGUGGAACUUUAUUUUCGAGGAGGGAUAGCUUCAUCACACAUAGAGCCUUUUGUGAUGCUUUGGCAGAGGAGAGUGCCAGAGGUCAGCCUCCAGCUUCAAAUCCGAAUCCUAAUCCUAAUCCUGCUGCUGCAACUUCGAAUUCAGAAACUGAGCUGAAGGUUGAUCCAACUCCGCCUCAACAACCACCACCACCACCACCACCGGCAGCUGUAGUUGUAGCUCCAGCUACAGUUUCAGCCCCACCCGUUCUAUCUCAGUCAGCUGCUGUAAUAUCUUCUUCAGUUUCACCAAUUCAUAGUCCAGAGUUGCCAGGUAAUCCCACUCCAAUUGUAGAAGAAGCACCAGCACAGGCGCCUGCUCCUGCACCUCUCCCAGCUUGUUUAAAUGGAAGUUGUAGUAGCAGCACCAGCUCAAGCAGCAAUGGCAGCACCAGCAAUGGUGUCUUUGCUAGUCUAUUUGCUUCCUCAACUGCAUCUGGAAGCCUACAGCCACCUCAAACUCCUGCCUUUACUGACCUAAUUCGGGCCAUGUCUCGCCCUGAACGCCCAACAGAUCUGCCUCCAUCCUGCAAUGAACCAAUUUCUCUCUGUCUUUCUACCACUCAUGGGUCGUCAAUAUUUGGUACUGGAGGACAAGAGCGUAGUCAAUAUGCACCUCCACGUCAACCAGCAAUGUCUGCCACUGCACUAUUGCAAAAAGCAGCUCAAAUGGGGCCUGCUGCUACAAAUGCAUCAUUGCUUCGUGGUUUGGGGAUUGUGUCGUCUUCGUCAUCAUCAUCUCAGCAAGACAAUAUGCAAUGGGGUCAUAGGCGAGUGGAGCCUGAAAACAGCUCAGUUACUGCUGGGCUAGGACUUGGAUUACCUUGUGAUGGAGGUUCAGGAUUAAAGGAAUUGAUGAUGGCAACUCCUUCUGUUUUUGGUCCUAAGCAAACUACCCUUGAUUUUCUUGGAUUGGGAAUGGCUGCUGGUGGAGGUUCUAGCGGUGGCCUGUCAGCUCUAAUUACGUCUAUUGGUAGUGGUCUAGAUGUAGCUGCUGCAGCAGCCUCUUUUGGAGGCGGAGAAUUUUCUGGAAAAGACAUGGGAAGGAGUUCAUGAUCUUGUCAAGGAAAGAACUAUCACUUCCCUAUUUUUGAACGGGGGGAGUCAAGGAAGGGUGUACAAUUGAACAGAAUAUCUGGUCAGGUCAUCACAGGCAGUCCUACUAUUUUAAAUUGUUGUUCUGCCUUGAUGAUGCAGAGUUGUGAUAUGAUGGGGUUUGAGAACUCUUUCUUUCCUCAUCAUGUAUUGGGGGCUUAAGUUAUUCGGCAUAAAUGUUAAGGUCACUUGAGCUUAAACAAAAAACCAUCUCUUUGUUGGUCGACUUGGUCAUCACAUCAGCUGCUCUGUGAUUGUCGAGAUAAAUCAUGAGAAAACAAACGAGAGUUCAUAAUUUGGUUAGCAGCUCCAGAUCUAAAUUGAUAAACAUGUAAAAAUUUUGUUGUUGUGAGGUGGAAUGCAGAGAUGGACCCAGCAUGUUGCUGGUGGUGGAUGCUUUUUGAGUUGAUCUUGUAACUGUCUAUAUUUAGAUGUUGCUUCAGCAAUUCUGUUCUUAUAAAUCAAAUCCAUAAUUACUUGUA